UCAGUGUUUGGAACGCUACCGAAGCGCAUCGUUCUCCGAGUUCUUCCGCCGACCGUAUCUCGAACGUCUCGUCGGAGCAUCGCGAGAAACUCGAUGAACGCGCGCUUCCUCUAUUGUCCUCUCAUCGAAACUGUCGGUUUUUCUUUUUCCUUUCGUUCUCUUCCUUUAUCGAGAAUGACGCGUCGGCUGUUCAAUCCCGGGACGAGUCGAACGAUGCGUUCUUUUGCAAAAGAAGAAGAAUCGAUUGAAAUAUCCUCGAUUCCACGUUUCGCUCCUAAAAAUGAUUAGUUUCCGGGAACGCACAGCUGGCGAGGGUAUCUCAUGGGAAAUGGAGAGCGUGGAACGGUGUUCGUUGAUCGAGGAAGAUCGAGUCGGAGUUACCGAUCUAUUUUGAAUAGUCGCUGGAAUUUCUUGACGGACGGAGAACCUCGACGACGCGUCGACGAUACGUCGAAAAAUGAAAAGAUUUCGUAGGUGAAAGAUGGCACCGUUCCACGGUAUGGCUCUCGUGUUGCUCGGAAUCGGAUACCUGUUACGCGUCGAACCGGCCUUCGACCAUCCGAACCAAGCGGCGCGACGACUCGGAGACGAGACCGACAGAACGCAACGGCAAACGCAUCGAGGAACGAGGAAGACUUAUUUUUACAAAGAUCCCGGGCAAAAAGUGACCGCCGUUAUAGGAGAGACUGUCCUGCUGUUGUGUCGUGUCAAGAAUCUGGGGAACAGAACUGUGUCUUGGAUCCGGAAAAGGGAUCUGCACAUAUUAACGUCCAUGUCCGAGACAUACACGAGCGACGCAAGAUUCACGAUAGUCCGCGAUCCGGCGAACGACGAGUGGAACCUGCGAAUAGAUUACGUGCAACCGCGCGACACUGGCAUUUACGAGUGUCAAGUGAACACGGAGCCGAAAAUAUACGGGGCCGUUACGUUGAGAGUAUUGGACGUGCGAGCAAAGAUCACGGGUCCUCGGGAAGUGUACGUGAAGACGGGUAGCACGAUCGGUUUAACUUGCAUCGUCGACACGCAAGACAUUCCUCCGAGCAACGUGACGUGGUAUCGUGCCGGUGUGCCGAUCGAUUUCGACGAUCCAAGGGGUGGCGUUUCUCUGGAAACAGAGAAGGGUAAAAACGGUACCACCAGCAAGCUGCUGAUAACGCGCGCUCUGAUCGACGACAGCGGCAAUUACACCUGCGUUUCGAACAAAGUUGCCCCGGCGAGCGUGUUGAUCCACGUGUUAAACGGUGAACGUCCCGCGGCGAUGCAGCACGGCGGAACCGGCAACGCGAACGGAAGGGCGAUUUUAUUCAGCCUUCUCCUGCUGAUGGACAGGAUAUUACGCCACCCCGAGGAUGGUGAUUCUGGCGAAACCGGCGGAGCGACCUGCAGGGAUGGAAACUGAUCUCAGGGAGGACGCGUUCACCGUCUCGCCGACAGCGCUGAAAGCCAAGUGC